AUGAUGGACUACCUGGAGAUGUUUCAAAUUGGACCUGUUGGAACUUUUCGCUUCGCUCCAAGUACAAAAUGUGGUGAACUUGGUGGAGACGUUUCAUUACUUGAACCGGUUGGAACUAUCCUCUUCGCUUCAAUAUCUGCAAUGAAAAAUGAUGAACUAGGUGGAGAUGUUUUAUUGCUUGGACCACUUGGGACUUUUUUCUUCGCUUCAAUAUCCGCUAUGAAGAAGGAUGAACUAGGUGGAGAUGUUUUAUUGUCCGGACUGCUUGGAACGGUUCUCUUCACUUCAAUAUUUGCAAUGAAAAAUGAUGGAAUAGAUGGAGAUGUUUCAUUGCUUGGACCAGUUGAGACUUUUCUCUUCCCUUCAAUAUCCGAUAUGAAAAAGGAUGAACUAGGUGGAGAUGUUUUAUUGUCUGGACCGCUUGGAACUGUUCUCUUCACUUCAAUAUCUGCAAUGAAAAACGAUGGACUAGAUGGAGAUGUUUCAUUGCUUGGACCAGUUGAGACUUUUCUCUUCGCUUCAAUAUCCGCUAUGAAAAAGGAUGAACUAGGUGGAGAUGUUUUAUUGUCCGGACCGCUUGGAACUGUUCUCUUCAUUUCAAUCUCUGCAAUGAAAAAUGAUGGACUAGAUGGAGAUGUUUCAUUGCUUGGACCAGUUGGGACUUUUCUCUUCGCUUCAAUAUCCGCUAUGAAAAAGGAUGAACUAGGUGGAGAUGUUUUAUUGUCCGGACCGCUUGGAACUGUUCUCUUCAUUUCAAUCUCUGCAAUGAAAAAUGAUGGCCUAGAUGGAGAUGUUUCAUUGCUUGGACUAGUUGGGACUUUUCUCUUCCCUUCAAUAUCCGCCAUGAAAAAGGAUAAACUAGGUGGAGAUGUUUUAUUGUCCGGACCGCUUGGAACUGUUCUCUUCACUUCAAUCUUUGCUAUGGAAAGCGGUGAAGUUGGUGGAGAUGUUUCGUUGCUUUGA